AUGAAUAUCAUUAUUGUUGGAGCUGGGCUUGCUGGACUGGGGAGUGCCCUGGCGCUCAAAAGCUCGGCGCCUUCACUUGAAGUCCUCGUCCUGGAGUCGGCUCUGGAGUUAGCAGAAAUAGGUGCAGGCCUUCAACUCACCCCAAACGCGACCCGACUACUGCUCCACUGGGGCCUGGGAGAGAGGCUUGAACAGGUCGCGACGAGCCCGGAAGUCUUCACCAUUUCAUCCUACAAAGGAGACAGAUUGCUGGGGAGACGCAAUGGCUUCGGGUCGGAGAUGAUGUCCAAGUACGGGGCGCCAUUUUGGGACAUGCACCGUGCAGACCUGCAACUAGCCAUGUUUGAGCGGGCACAAGAGCUCGGUGUCAGAUUCAGGUUCGGUGCAACAGUAACUGAUUAUGAUUUCGAGGGCGCAACGGUAUCACUUUCUAACGGCGACGAGGUUUCCGCGGACUUGGUCAUCGCUGCCGAUGGCCUAUGGUCGAGAGCCCGCCCCAAAUUCCUGGGGAACAACGAGUCGCCUCUGUCCACGGGUGACUUGGCCUACCGCAUUGUACUGAACACCAAUACGAUCAAGGAUGAAGACCUGAAGCAGUUCGUUUCGAAGCCUCGAGUGCAUCUUUGGCCCGGGCCGGAUUGUCACGCCAUUUACUACCCACUGCGCAACAAUACAAUGAUCAAUAUCGUACUUCUCGUCCCCGAUGAUCUUCCUGAGGAUGUUGCCAAAGCCCCCGGGGAUAUUGGUCAGAUGAAGGAGCUCUUCCGCGACUGGGAUCCGCUUCUACAACGUCUCUUAGCCCUUGUUCCUGAUGUUCAAAAGUGGCGUUUGAUGCACAACACGGAAAUGGAGAUCUGGUAUAAUGAAAAAGGCACUAUUGUCUUCUUGGGCGACUCAUGCCAUCCAAUGCUGCCCUAUAUGGCGCAAGGAGCCAACUCGGCCCUCGAAGACGCAGCAGUUCUGGGCUCCCUGAUUGCCAAAGCCCAAGAUAGAUCGGACCUUCCGGGCGUCCUCCAAGUAUACCAGCGUCUGCGGAAACCGCGCUCCCUGGAGUUGGUGGAAGGCAGCCUCAGACAGAGACAUACCAACCAUCUCCGCGAUGGCGUAGAACAGGAACAGCGUGACAAAGCAUUGAAAGACCAAUUCGAGGAGCCCCUUCCAGGGCUGGACCCCCUGUCCCAGGGUCGGGUUUACUCGUACAAUGCCAUUGAGGAGGCCAAUAUGGCUUGGAAGCAUUUCGUCCAGAAUGAUAAGUCCAUUGCGUAG